AUGUCGCAACGAAUCAAGACCGCCGCCGUGGAUAUUGUGCAUAUUACCAGUGGCCGAAUUGCCUCCGGCAUGCUCUCCCACGAGCCCAUCUGGUACCGGGCCAUGGCUGCCAACAUGCCCACCACUGUCUACCAGCACAAACCCCAUUUUGAGAAGCUGGCCCGAAUCGCCCAGCGGGAGUCUGAAAAGCUCAACGAGUUUAUCAAGACGCGGUCCAAGCCGGUGCGGGUGCGAACCCGGCAUCUGUAUGAGCCCGUGCACCUCAAGUUCAUGGAGGAUGAGAUCCGAGAGAUUUUCUACAAGCAGCAUCCCUGGGAGCUGGCGCGACCCAAGCUGAUUGUGGAGAACAGCGGUGACGAUCACGUGACCCAGGACUGGUCCAAGAUGUACCAGGCCAACAAGAAGCUCGACGGUGAGUCUGUGGUUCAGCGAACCAUUUAUCUUCUGGGUGAGAAGAAGACCCACGACCAGAAGGCUCUUCUGGAGGCCUACGACAAGGCUCGAUUCGAGUUUUACAAGCUGCGAAUGGCUGAAGAUGUGCAGAACGUCACUGCCGCCGAGGAGGCUGAUAUGUUUGGAGCCUGCUUCUCUACCUCGUCGGUGGAGCGAAACCUGUUCCAUGAGCAGAAGCGAAUUGAGGAUUGGAAGGAGAAGGCCGUGGAGAUGACGUUGGAUAUGGGUGCCAAGUAA